AAACCUCACAAACCUCCCAAACAGAGACGGACAGGACCUGAGGUUCCGCUUACCAUGGACGACAUCUAUAAAGCAGCGGUGGAGCAGCUCACUGAGGAACAGAAAAGCGAGUUUAAGGCAGCGUUCGAGGUGUUCGUGCAGGAUGCGGAGGACGGCUGCAUCAGCACCAAGGAGCUGGGUAAAGUGAUGAGGAUGCUCGGCCAGAACCCGACCCCAGAGGAACUGCAGGAGAUCAUUGAUGAAGUGGAUGAAGAUGGAAGCGGGACGGUGGAUUUUGAUGAGUUCCUGGUGAUGAUGGUGAGAUGUAUGAAGGACGACAGCAAAGCCAAGUCUGAGGAGGAGCUCGCCGACCUCUUCAGAAUGUUCGACAAGAACAAAGACGGGUAUAUCGACAUGGAGGAACUUCGGGCCAUGCUGACAUCCACUGGAGAGUCUAUCAGUGAGGAUGAUGUUGAAGAACUGAUGAAAGAUGGAGACAAGAACAACGACGGAAAGAUAGAUUAUGAUGAGUUUCUGGAGUUCAUGAAGGGAGUGGAGUAAAAACAAAAAUCAACACUGCUAUUGUACAUUGCCCUCGGGUGUGAUGUUUUAUAUCUCACUGAAUAAAGUCUUUAAAAAUGCACUUUACAUUAAAUGU